AUGAAAGGAGAGAAUGACUGCAAUGGCUCAAGUAGUCAAAAUUAUCUGAGCAAGCCAUUAGACAUUGAAGAGUUCAGAAAACAUGCUCAUACAAUGGUGGACUUUAUUGCCGAUUACUACAAUAAAGUAGAGAGCUUCCCAGUUCUCAGCCAAGUCAAUCCUGGAUAUUUAAGCUCUUGGAUCCCUGAUUGCGCUCCACAAAAUCCUGAUUCUGUAGAAAACCUUCUUACUGAUGUGAAAGAGAAGAUGAUACCUGCAUUGACACACUGGCAAAGUCCCAAUUUUUAUGCAUACUUCCCUGCAGGGUUGAGCACUGCAUCAUUUCUAGGGGAGAUGUUGAGUAGUGGGUUUGCUAUUGUCAAUCUGCAUUGGAUGACAUCUCCUGCUGCCACUGAACUUGAAACCAUAGUCUGUGAUUGGCUUGGAAAAAUUGUCAACCUUCCUGAUUCUUUUCUCUCAUGUUCUGGUGGUGGUGGGGUUAUUCAAGGAUCAGCAAGUGAGGCAGUUUUGGUAUCAUUAUUAGCUGCAAGGAACAAGGCUCUAAAGAAAUUUGGUGUAGAUUCAGCUGACAAGCUUGUAGUUUAUGUAUCAGACCAGACACAUUGUUCAAUUGAAAAAGCCUGCAAAAUUGCAGGAAUAUGUGUAAAUAAUGUUAGAGUGAUAGCAACAAGUCGUUCCACAAACUAUGGGCUUUCUCCAGAAAAUGUCCGUGAUUGCAUAUUGAAAGAUAUUAGUGUUGGUUUACAUCCAACAUUUUUAUGUGCUACAAUUGGAACAACAUCAUCAACAAGUGUGGAUCCUAUACAAGGACUAUCUAAAAUAGCUCGCGAACACAACAUAUGGUUGCAUGUAGAUGGUGCUUAUGGUGGUGCUGCUUGCAUUUGCCCUGAAUAUCAACAUUAUCUUGUGGGAAUAGAUGAUGCAGACUCCUUUGUCAUGAAUCCUCAUAAAUGGCUUUUUACUAACUUUGAUUGCUCUGUACUUUGGGUAAAGGAUUCAAAAGUUUUGGUUGAAGCAUUGUCAAUGAAUCCAGAAUAUUUGAAAAACAAGGUAUCGCAAUCCAAACAAGUGAUAGAUUAUAAAGAUUGGCAAAUACCACUUGGAAGUCGAUUUAGAUCAUUAAAGUUAUGGAUGGUUUUACGUCUUUAUGGAAUUUCACAACUUCAGUCAUAUAUCAGAUAUCAAAUUUCCCUUGCUCAACAUUUUGAAAAUCUUGUAAUCAAAGAUAAAAGAUUUGAGGUUAUGGCUCCUCGUACUUUUGCAUUGGUUUGUUUUCGAAUUUUACCUACAGAAGAUGAUCGUGAUAAUGGACAUUCAUUAAAUUCACAAUUGUUGGAUGUUGUAAAUGAGAGCGGACAUAUGUAUUUAUCACAUACGGUCUUAUCAGGAAAAUAUACGUUACGCUUUUGUGUGAAUAGCGUAUUUACAAAAGUACAUCAUGUGGAUGCUGCAUGGAAACUUCUUCAAAGCACAACAUUAGUUUUACUAAAACAGAGACUUAAUUGUUACAAAUAUGUAAUAUUCUUCAUUGUGAAGGAUAAGAAUAAUCUAUUUGCGAAUGCCAUGGGAGAUAACACGAAAAUAAUUGAGCCGCUCUCCUAUGAUGAAUGGAAAGAUAAGUCGAAGGCUUGGGCUAUUCUCAAAAUGGCCAAGAUGACAGGGUAUAUGGAGAGAAUUGUAGGGAAAAACCCUACUGUUACUAUAAUUUUCAAAAAGAAUUGUAAAGAUGGAAAAAUUACCAUAGGAGGAAGAAAGGUUGAAAUUGACGAAGGGAUGAUCAUGGAAGUUACUGAUAUUCUUGUGUCUACGGCCUCCUUUGUGCAACAUUCUAUCAAAGAGAUUUUGGAUUUGGAUGACGAGUCUGAGAACUUAGAUGACAGUGAAGAUGAGGGGUCUAAUACUAAGUGGGAAGAUGAUGGUGAUAGGUUUACCUCUGCUAAGGGUUCUAGCAAGGAGAAGGACAAAGAUUUGGCUUCUAGGUCUAGAAAUAAGAAAGCUAGAAAAGGGGUUAAAGGAAAAAGAAGUAAGGUCCAGGAGGAGGACAAAUGGCUUGAAGAUGAUGAAGAGGAUGACGAGGGGAUGAAAACUGAUAGUGAUUAUGUUACCCCAUCAUCAAAGAAGAAAAACAAGCAGAGCCCUGUCAUCAUCGAAAUCAACCCAGAUAAAGGGAAUGAUUUUAUUAAUGUUUAA